AUGACUGAACUAAAUUAUGAAAGUUCUAUUUAUGAUGAUCAAGAUGUAUUUGCUUCAACCUCAACACAAGCUCCUGUAAUUAGUCCUAUUUGCAAUGAUCAAGAUGUAUCUGCUUCAACCUCAACACAAGCUCCUGUAAUUAACACUAUUUGCAAUGAUCAAGAUGUAUCUGCUUCAACCUCAACACAAGCUCCCAUAAUUAACCUUAUUUGCAAUGAUCAAGAUAUAUCUACUUCAACCUCAACACAAGCUCCUCUUCAGAUGCCUGAAGUUGUAACUUCAGUGAUGACUGACAGCAAUUUAUUUGAUAAUGAAUCAGAUGGAUUAGAUGAUCUAUCUGAUUCAGUGGAAUUGAUUUCAGGACUUACCUUUUCCAAUUGGGAAGAAUUCAAGAUUUGGUUAAAUGGAUUCGUAUUAAAGAAUAGAUUUAGUUAUAAAGUUAGAACAAGUGAAAUAACUAAUGGUGUAAUGAAAAGAGCUACUUAUAAAUGUACUAAAUCUAGUUUACAUGUUCCGCAAGUUACAUCAGACCCAACAAAGAGUCCAGAGGAGGCAGAUGCUUCCCAAAUGUUACAGUUACUACUAGAUUGGAAGGACUUAGAGCUAUUAUGGGUUGUAAAGCCUUGUUUAGAUUCAGUUUCAAGGCGAUUGAACUCUCUUUUUUGGAUGUCUCCUAUUCAAAGAGAGUUAUAUAGUAAAUAUAAUGAUGUGAUAGUAGUGGAUACUACUUAUAACACCAACUGGUUUAGAAUGUUGCUUUGUAUUAUAGCUAUCAUUGAUAAUAACUAUAAAACUAGAAUCGUUGCAAGUGCUAUAAUAGAAGAUAAAACACUAGAUACUUACCAAUAG